AUGCCGAUAGGGGCGUACAAAGAUAUUCGACCUUAUAUUGGACUAGUGCCGUUCGUAACAGUAUUGUUUGCUCGUAAGGCCGGCUUCCUCCGCAGUCUCAUAAACUUCUUCCGGACUUAUGGGGGAGGGAGGGGGAAUGGAACUAUGCCCUUUAUAUUUAUACAAAUUAAGCCUCAAAGCUUGGAUAAAAUUGUUAUUUUUGUUGAUCAACUCGUUGACAGUAAAGGAGAAACACUUAUAAAUGUUGGAAAUAAUACUGAAUUCUAUCGCGAUUACUUAGACUUGGCUAUAAAAGGAAGUUCUAAAAAUAUUCAAAAAAUCGCAAAGGCUGUGGAUGCUUUAAUUGAUGAUAAAAAAUAUUUUUAUUAUCUAAAUGGAAAAUGUAGAGAUAUUAAAUCUGAAGGAAAUUCAAUUGGUUUAAAAUUAAAAAAUUCUAAUACUACACUUAAUUUCUCGAAAGGAUAUAGCAGAGGAUGGUGUAAGUAA